CUUCCUCUCUCUCUCUCUCUCUCUCUCUCCCCACCUCUUCCUUUCUCUCCCCGCUCUUCCACAACCUCUACCUCCGUCGCACUCUCUCUCUAAACCGAAACUCGCCGAUUCCGUCUCGGAGUCUAACACUCUCCGUAUCGGAGAGCUGCAUUUGUUCCGCCAUUACAGUUUAAUAUGGACCGACGGAGUUGGCCGUGGAAGAAAAAGGCGUCGGACAAGGCGGCAGCGGAGAAAGCCGCCGCUGCAGCGGACUCGUUUGCUAGCCAGGCACUGGCUGAGCUUGACAAGUACAAAAAACCAAAUUAUGUGCAAAUUUCAGUCGAGCAAUAUUCGCAUCUGACUGGUUUGGAGGAUCAAGUGAAGAAUUACGAGGGUCAAGUGAAGACAUAUGAGGAUCAAGUCCAGACAUUGGAGGAUGAAAUUAAGGAUUUGAAUGAUAAGCUCUCAGCGGCUGAUACAGAGAUGACUACUAAAGAGAGCUUGGUUAAACAGCAUGCUAAAGUUGCCGAAGAAGCUGUCUCAGGAUGGGAAAAGGCUGAAGCAGAGGCUCUGGCAUUAAAAAAUCAUCUAGAAUCUGUGACUCUUUUGAAGCUCACAGCUGAAGAUCGGGCCUCACAUUUGGAUGGUGCUCUUAAAGAGUGCAUGCGGCAGAUACGAAAUAUGAAGGAAGAACAUGAGCAGAAGAUACAAGACGUUGUUUUCACCAAAAACAAGCAAUGUGACAAAAUUAAGCAUGAGCUUGAAGCAAAGAUAGCUAAUUUGGAUCAAGAACUCCUAAGGUCUGCUGCUGAAAAUGCUGCUAUUUCCAGGUCUUUACAAGAGCGUUCAAAUAUGCUAUUCAAGAUAAGCGAAGAGAAGUCACAAGCUGAGGCGGAAAUUGAGCAUUUUAAGGGCAACAUUGAGUCUUGUGAAAGGGAAAUAAAUUCUCUGAAGUAUGAACUGCAUAUAGCCGCCAAGGAGCUAGAAAUUCGGAAUGAAGAAAAGAACAUGAGUAUGAGGUCUGCUGAAGCAGCCAACAAGCAGCACGUGGAAGGCGUUAAAAAAGUCGCUAAGCUUGAAGCAGAGUGUCAAAGAUUACGCGGUCUUGUGCGGAAAAAGUUACCUGGUCCUGCUGCACUUGCACAAAUGAAGCUAGAGGUUGAGAGUUUAGGCCGAGAUUAUGGAGAAACUCGACUAAAGAAGUCUCCUGUUAAGCCUUCCAGUCCACACAUGUCCCCACACAUGUCCCCAGUGACUGAGUUUUCUCUUGAUAAUGUACAGAAGUUUCAAAAGGAGAAUGAAUUUCUGACAGAACGUUUAUUAGCUAUGGAAGAAGAAACAAAGAUGCUGAAAGAAGCUUUGGCAAAGCGUAACAGUGAAUUGCUGGAUUCAAGGAGUAUGUGUGCUCAGACAGCCAGCAAACUUCAAACAUUAGAAGCACAACUUCAAAUCCACAAUCUACAGAAAAGCUCGCCCAAAGCUGUUGUCCAGAUCACCUCUGGAGUUUCAUCAAGCCAGAAUGCAAGCAAUCCACCAAGCGUAACCUCCCUGUCCGAAGAUGGUAAUGAUGAUACCAGAAGCUGUGCUGAGUCUUCAGGCACAACAUUGGAGAAGAACAAUGCAAAGUCAAACAAAUCUGAAAGUCAAAAGGAUUUGAAUCUUAUGGAUGACUUUCUGGAGAUGGAGAAGUUGGCUUGUUUGCCAAAUGACUCAAAUGGAGCCGUCUCUGUUGCAGAUGGUCCAAAUAGGAAGACAUCCGAAAGAGAGAGUGAUGGUGCUUUAGGAGAUGUCACUGCUGACAAAGAUAUCCCGUCUGAACAGCAGCAUGAAUUGCCAGGAUCCCAUCCCGAAUCUGAUGAAAGCCAGCUGCCACUGGUGAAGCUCCGAUCAAGAAUCUCAAUGCUCUUGGAGUUCUCAUCUAAGGACACUGAUUUUGGGAAAGUUAUUGAGGAUAUCAAACACGUAGUCCAGGAAGCACAGGAGAAUCUAUGCCCGCACACUGUAAACUGUGUUUCCGAGGAAGUUGACAGCUCUGAUGCCCUAUGUGACCGGCAGGCAAAUCCUGAUGAUUCUGGUUUAACCACAGAAAAGGAAAUCACUUUGUCCCAGCCAGCCACAGAGACCAUGAAAAUAAUAAGCGAAGAUCUGGCAUCUGCCAUUUCUUUGAUCCAUGACUUUGUGCUGUUAUUGGGCAAAGAAGUGAUGGAAGUGCAUGACACAGUUCCAGAUGGCAAUGGAUUCAACCAAAAGAUUGAAGGAUUCUCUGGCACAUUUAGUAAAGUUAUUCACGGAAACCUAAGUUUGGGUGAAUUUGUUCUUGGCCUUUCACAUGUUUUAGCAAACGCCACUGAACUCAAAUUCAACGUUCUAGGCUUCAAGGGUGUUGAAUCAGAAACUAACAGUCCUGAUUGUAUUGACAAGGUAGCAUUACCAGAGAAUAAGGUAGUUGAGAAGGAUUCAUCGCAAAGAUUUCAAAAUGAUUGUGUCCACAUUUCUAAUCAUUCAAACCCUGAAGUUCCUGAUGAUGGAAAUCUUGUCUCCGGCUACGAACCAAAUGUGGCGCCAUGCAAAAUCUCACUGGAGGAGUUUGAACAAAUGAAAUCAGAGAAAGAUAACCUGGCAACGGAUUUGGCAAGAUGUUCUGAAACUCUAGAGAUGACAAAGUCUCAAUUACAGGAAACUGAGCAGCUUCUUGCUGAAGCUAAAUCACAAUUUGCUUCUGCUAAAAAUUCAAAUAGUUUAGCCGAAACGCAGCUGAAAUGUAUGGCAGAAUCAUACAGGUCACUAGAGUCACGAGCUCAGGAGUUAGAAACUGAAUUGAAUCUUCUGCGUGUCAGAACCGAUACUCUGGAAAGUGAGCUACAAGAAGAGAAAAGGAACCAUCAAGAUGCUUUGGCCAGAUGCAUGGAACUUCAAGAUCAGUUGAAAAGCAAUGACCGUUUGGAAGCUGAGACUGAAUUCAAGACAAAGCAGGACAGGGAGUUGGCAGAUGCAGCGGAGAAGCUUGCCGAGUGUCAAGAAACCAUAUAUCUUCUUGGCAAGCAGUUGAAAGCAUUGCACCCUCAAACAGAGGUCAUGGGCUCUCCGUACAGUGAGAGGAGUCAACGGUUCACUGAGGAUGAACCCACUUCCAGUUCCAAGAACUUGCAAGACUCAGAAAAAGGUGAGACGGAAGGCACUUCUUCUGCCAAUGUAAACAGGGCGGGCAGCGAGUCUCCCAUCAACCUGUAUAACUCUGCAUGCCCAUCGGACUCAGAGGCAGGCGUACACUUAAAAUCACCAGUCAGUUCCAAGAGUCCGAAACACAGGUCUUCCAAGUCAACUUCCUCAUCUACGUCUUCUACCCCAACACCAGAGAAACAUCAGCGUGGCUUCAGCAGAUUCUUCUCCUCGAAAGGAAAGAACGGUUAUUAGGCUUGCAGCUCAAGAGCCUGAAUCACAUUUUCUGGUAGGAAAUACCGUUGAAAGUAAUAAUUGGAAGAAGCACCGAAGACAGAGACCUCCUUCAUUCGCGCUAUAAACGCCAUUUCCUGGGAAUUUCUGGAUGUGAAGAUAUAAUCUGACGAGGGGAGAUACUUGUGAAGGUAGAUGUAAUUUUGUAACUAAUGGUUGUAUAUGAUAUCAUCCCAUAUCUGUUUAUUUGUUUUUUCUUCUCUCGCACUCCGCGUAUGUAUUUUCGGGUUAAUUGGAACAAUGACAUAGUUUAUGAACUGUUUCGAAGUAUUUGAAUACAAAUGUAUGUCACAGUUUUUAUAUGAUUUA